GCGCUGUUGUUUGUUUUGCCUUUUGCCACCCACCCACGACAACCACAACCACGACAACCCACCCACGUACAAAACCACCACGAUGAAGGAGUUCAAGGUGUGCCUGCUUGGAUCAGGCAGCGUGGGCAAGUCUGCGUUGGCGAUUCAGUUCACAGAGGACCGAUUCGUCCAGAGCUACGACCCAACAGUGGAAGACUGCUACCGGAAACAAGUGACCUUCAACGAUGAGCCUGUCAUGCUGGAGAUUAUCGACACAGCCGGAACAGAGCAGUUCACCUCCAUGGUGGAGAUUUACAUCAAGAACUGCCAGGGCUUCAUCUUGGUGUAUGAUGUGACGAAGAAGUCAACCUUCGACGACUUGGAAGCCAUCAAAGAUAAGGUGUGGCAGACAAAGAAGGCCACAAAGAAGAGGCCGCCACCAAUGUUGGUUGUAGGGAACAAAGUGGACGUGGAUGGACGCGAGGUCUUGUUUGCAACGGGGCAUGGCCGCGCAAAGGAGUGGAAGGCGACGUUCCUCGAGACAUCGGCAAAGACCAGGACAAACGUGGAGGAUGCGUUCCAAGGAAUGGUGCAGAAGUUGGCGCAGGGAAACAAGGGUGGCUGUACUCUGCUGUAGUUCACAGACACCCAUCUCGACCCAACAAAAGCCAUCAUCAUCAUUCAUCAUUCAUUGGCAAACCCCCCUACUCUUGCGUGCGUGCGCCUGUUCUUGCUUCCCCCUCUUCCCUUUUUUUUUUUUUUUCCGAUGCUUCUGACCCUCAAGACCGCAACGGGUGCACCACAUGCAUGUAUGUUGAACACCCUUCACGUCCCCCCCCCCUCCGUGUUUACAUGUGUGAAGCUUGCCGUUCCUGUUUUUGUGUUGUGUGCUUUCUCUUUCUCUCGCUGAUUACGAACACAAAGCAAAAAGUCCAAC